CACGGCCACACCCAAUCCUUCGACCCCGUCUCCUUUCCAGAAUAUCCCCAAUCGAGCGAAGCAGUAGCGAGAGUAACCUAGCCGUCUUCGCCUCGCCGCCACAGAGCUCCGCCUCGCCGGACCGUCGGCUUGUCGCCGAAGAGCUCUGCCUCGCCGGGCCACCGGCCGCGGGCACCUGAUCCACAUCCGCCGUUCGCCGGUCCACGCAUGGGCGAACGGAAAGAAGCAGCGGUGCCGGGCGUGGCCUAUGAGGGAGGAGGCAGCGGCGACAGUGGAUCGAGCUCAUGCAAACGCGCAGCUGCUGUUUGCAAAAUCAGCAAGCGCAGCCAGCAGGGAAUCUUUAAAAAGAUGAAGCCAAUUGCUGCUUAUUUUGCAACUCCACCAUCUAAUGAAUCUCAAGCUCAUGUUCAUGUUCAUGUUCCUGAACCUGAUGCAAACAUUUUAUCCACUGAAGCCUCAGAUGCAAACAUUGUAGAAGAUCUAGUUCCUGAACAUGAAGUGUAUAAUGAGGGCUCUCAUGAUAACACUUUGCAAACUUCUAUUCUAGGAUUUAGUCCAACUCACAUUGAACCUGAUCCUGGACUCCGGAAACAAAUUGGAGAUUAUCCUACUCCAGAAAUCAGAGAUGCAGUGAGGAGGGAGUAUUUGAAGAAAGGUCCAUGUCAGCCGUAUGGGCAUGAUUUUCCUCGCAACACUACAGAUAAAAGGGUAUUCAGAGAGGAGUGGUUUGACGAGUCUGAUGUUUUUUGCAGUUGUGGCAGUCUUGCUAAUCUUGCUCUCAAGUUGGUUGAAACUAAGGAACAUUUACACUUUCCUUUGGUUUACCGACUCAUCACACUUGCUUUGACUUUGCCAGUAGCGACGGCAUCUGUUGAAAGAGUUUUCUCAGCCAUGAAUAUCAUUAAGACAGAUUUGAGAAAUAAGAUAUCUGAUGAUUGGUUGAAUGAUCUGAUGAUAUGCUAUGUAGAGCGAGAUAUAUUUGCUGGAAUUGAUGACAAGAAGAUCAUAGAACAUUUUCACAGCUUGAGAGACCGUAGAGGCCAUCUACCAAACCCUCCCCGUAUACUUACGACUUAGGGUAUCUAUUAAUCAUGCAGUUGGACAUUUUGGGCCAUGGAAUGCAUUAUUCAAGCAGCGAGAGUCCAAGUUAGUAGUUAUGCGUGACGUUUAUGUUAUAUUUUGUGAUUUUAGGUGGUUACAACCUAGUUCUUGAAAAUCUUGAACUGUCCUGAAUCAUUGGUCAUGUAAAUUUUCGAAUGCAUCUAGCUUCAUAUUUGAAUUUUAUGAGAUUUGGUUCAGCGGACUUGCAUUCGUCAAUCAAAUUUUUUAUUCCUUCAA